ACGAUUGUUGAAAGUUUUGAGUAUUUGCUGUAUUUAGUAGAGCAAUGAGCUGUCAACACAAUCUCUUACUUUUAUUCCUCUGUGACUUCGCUGCGCUCACUGUCUCAGCACAGACAUGUGGAGAACAUGUGCUAGAAGGAACAUCCUGCAGCAUUAAUGGGAAAACAACAAACAAUGUAAAAGCUGCUGAUAUCAGAUGGGGCUUUACCUCCAGUGAUGGAACCACAACUGAAUGGAAAAAAGGACCCAACAGAAAACCUCCAGCAGGAAUAACAAUAGAAGAAGACGGAUCUUUAAGAUUUAAAAGUGUUCGUCAGAGUAACACCGGCACAUAUAAAUACACUGCUUUUGAUGCCAGUGGCCAAGAGAUCAGUGCUGAAACUGUGGAACUGAGAGUUUAUGCGAAGACUCCUAAACCUACUGUGAGGAGUGAAUGCACAACUAAUAGUGUGAUACUCAUCUGUGACACUGUAAACUAUAAAGAUCUGACUAUAUCCUGGUAUGAAGACGACAAGAUCCUGAAGGAUGAAACAAAACCUUUUCUUACCUUACUGCGGUCUAAAAUAAAGAAGAACAAAUGGUACUCAUGUGGUGUUCGGUCUUCCCCAGUCAGCAGUGAACAGAGUGACAUGAUUACAGUUUCAAGUAGCAGACCAGGCAUUUGCUUAGAUUUCUGGGUUCUGUUGAGCAUUUUAGCAGGUGGAGGAGCUCUUCUGCUUCUCCUAUUAUCUGUUCUCAUCUGCUUUGCAUGUCGAAGUUAUAGCCAACACAAGAAGGACCAACCAAGUUUUGAGACCCACUUUGUCUACAGCAAUGACGAAGAAACAGACUAUGAAACCAUAAAUGUAACAAAGCAUAAGAAAGCAACAACCUGCAACAUCUCUUAGACAUGAUUGUACAUGGAAUAUGACAUUUUUAUUCAUCAUAAUCACCUAACAUUUCUGUACUUCAGAAAAUUCACUCGCUUUCCUUUGGCUUAGUCCCUGAGUAAUCAGGGGUCGCCACAGUGUAAUGAUCCACCAAUUUCUCUGACAUACGCUUUGUACGGCAGAUGCCCUUCCAGCCAUAAUCCAGCACUAAAGAAAAUAGGGCUGAAGCUUAUAAUUGAAUAAAAUAAUCAAGUCAAUUUGUAGUAAUCGAGCUAUGUGUACAUUUUUUUUUUAUCAAUUUAAUGCACAAGGAUGUUAUGUAGGUGCAGUGGAAAUGCCAAAAGGAGAACAUGCAAACUCCACACAGAAAUGCCAACUGACCCAGUUAGGACUCAAACCAGUGACCUUCUUACUGUGAAGUGACAGUGCUAACCAUCUAUCCAUCCUCAUUACAGUUUACUGUAGUAAAAAUGAAAGUAUACUACAUUAUUUCUGUUUAUCGGUUCACUAGGGCGUCACAGUGGGUAGCACAAUCGCCUCACAACAAGAAGGUCACUGGUUCGAGCCUCAGCUGGGCCAGUUGCCAUUACUAUGUGGAGUCUGCAUGCACAGUCCAAACACAUGCGCUAUAGUAGAAUUGGGUUAGCUAAAUUGUCCGUAGUGUAUGAGUGUGAAUGAGUGUGUAUGGGUGUUUCCCAGUGAUGGGUUGCAGCUGGAAGGGCAUCUGCUGCGUGAAACAUAUGCUGGAUAAGUUGGCGAUUUAUUCCGCUGUGGCGACCCCAGAUUAAUAAAGGGACUAAGCUGAAAAGAAAAUGAAUGAAUGCUUAAUUUCCAGUCUAUUUGACAUGCUCGUUAUAUUUAAUUACAUGCUUAAGACACAAAUAGACUUCAUUAAACAUGUACACACAGACAUCGACUAUAUGCUAUGAAACUGCAGGUAAACAAUGUUUAUUUAUA